GACAUUAUAACCAAUAUCACCACGUUGGAUUUGGACAGAUUUAGACAAGUGCGUAAAAGGUGUAAAUGAAUGAAUAAAUCGUUUACUAUAGUGAAUUUUCUCGUGUUCAGUAAUAUUUUCUGUCAUCUAAUUGAUUUGACGGCAACGAUUUGACAUUUAUUGCAAGGGAAUAUUUGACACCUCUCAUAGAAAGGAACCGAAGGUGCAUCGUAUCGCAGUUGUCUCUAGAGCAUUCCAGUGACAUUAAGGGAUAAUUUCCCCCUAAAUUUUCUUGGCAGUCAUUCCUUCAAGCAGCAGAAAAUAUCAAGUAAUUACACCAUGAGUCAGUCUUUGCCACAGGAGAAAAAGGAAUAUACUGAAGAAGAAAGACUAGAAUUAGCAAAGAAAUUGGAUGAUGACUUGGAUGCGUUUCUCGCGUCUCGCCCUAGAAAACCCUAUACCGAAGGAUGGACAGAGGAGAAUUGGCAAGAGGAAUUUGACAAGCACCCGUUUUUUAUGUCAAAACCACCUGAAAAUCCAACAGAAAUAUCACCUCUUGUUGAAGGAAUUCAACAACUAAAGUAUGAUGAAUCAGAAAACAGCCCUGAAGAACUUGCCGCAACAUACAAAAAAGAAGGCGAUUUCUUUUUCAAGUGCAAAAAGUAUAAAAAAGCCAUAAUUAACUACAGUCAAGGACUACACUAUAAAUGCAAUGAUCAAGAACUGAAUGCAACUUUACUCAACAAUAGAUCUGCUGCCCACUUUUUUAUAGAAAACUUCAGGUCAAGUUAUAAUGAUUGUAAAGCAGCUUUAAAACUGAAACCUGAUUAUGUCAAAGCCAUUACUCGCUGUGCCAAGUGCUGUCGGCGCAUGUCUCUCUUUGAAGAAUGUAUAGAAUAUUGUGAUAAAGCUCUGAAAUUCUCUCCAAAUGAUCCUGACUUGAAAUCCCUCCGUAAGGAAGCGCUAAUCGAACUGAAAAAAAUGGAGAGAGACAAACGCAAAGAAGAAGUACUUAGAAAACGCAAAGAAGCAGCAGAGAAGAAAUUAAUCGCAGCAAUAAAUGAGAGAAAUAUAAAAAUAUAUCCUGAAACCAAGGGUCUUACGUCAAUGAGCCAGCUGGAACCUUGUUUCCCAGAGGUUGUCCAGAAGACUGUUCAUUUUGAAAACGAUCGGCUCGUAUGGCCUGUCAUUUUCCUUUACCCCGAAUAUGGAACUACAGACUUUAUUCAAGAGUUUCAUGAAGACUCCAGGUUUGAAGACCAUAUUGCAGAAAUGUUUCAAACUGCUCCAGAAUGGGACACAAAUGGCCAAUACACACCUGAUAAGAUACGCAUUUAUUUUGAGGACUUCGAUCAUAAUGCUCACCGUGUCUCACCUGAAAGCACUCUGAAUCAAGCCAUAAGUCAUCCAAAGUAUCGUGUGGACGGAGGAGUUCCAGCUUUUAUCAUUGUUGUUGACGGCAGCCUUACCGAAAAACGGCUUCUAAGCAAGUGAAUUUCUUAAAAUAGAAGGGAUAGUGGGUCAUACCUCUAUUCCAAGACAUUAAUUUUUUAAGGACAUCUUUUUCUCUCACGCCAAGCCUCCAUCUUGGUCGCCUAUCAUGAUUCUAUGUGUAAUAAAAAAUUGAAUCUUAUUCAAGUUUUUAUUUUUAUAAAAAAACAAAUUGUAAAAUUAUGGUCUUAAAGCUCGUCAAAUAAAGUUGUUUUUGUUGAAAUUUAA